UUUGGAUCGUGAAAUGGUUUAUUUUGUUCACUGUCGCAACCCGCACAAAAUAUUUUCCUUAACUAGACAUCACGUGGUUCGAAAGGGUAUCGAUGAUGGUCAUCCUGUUGAACUGCAUCACCCUGGGGAUGUAUCAACCGUGCGUGGAUAAGGACCCGUGUGUUACCAACAGGUGCAGGAUAUUGCAGAGGUUCGACGAGUUCAUUUUCGCUUUCUUCUCGCUGGAGAUGACCAUUAAAAUGAUCGCGAUGGGUGUUUACGGCAAAGGCUCGUAUCUGGCCGACUCCUGGAACAGGCUGGACCUGUUCAUAGUGGUCGCAGGUGCGGUUGAAUACGGUCUGCCCAACUUCAACAAUAUCAACCUGUCGGCUGUUAGGACCAUCAGGGUACUGAGGCCACUACGGGCGAUCAACAGGAUUCCAAGUAUGAGGAUUUUGGUAAUGUUGCUCCUGGAUACCCUGCCGAUGUUGGGCAACGUUCUUCUUCUGUGCUUCUUCGUAUUUUUCAUCUUCGGUAUAGUGGGCGUGCAGCUAUGGCAGGGCGUGCUGAGACAGCGCUGCGUGUUAAACGGCACCCUGUACCCCAACAUUAGGUUUCCCAAAGAAUUAACGCAUUAUUACAAACCGGUCGACACGGAUUACAUUUGCAGCAAGAGCAAUUAUUCGGGCAUGCAUCUGUGCAGCGAUCUGCCUCCGUUUAUUAACGGCACCAUGGAAUGUAACCUCACCGUUAGCGAGAAACGCAUGCCUCAAUACGCCAACGACGAUCGGUUUUGCAUAAAUUGGCACCUGUACUACUCGACGUGUUCGGACAACAACCCCAACCCAUUUCAAAACACCAUAUCGUUCGAUAAUAUCGGGCUCGCUUGGAUAGCCAUUUUUUUGGUCAUAUCGCUGGAAGGUUGGACCGAAAUCAUGUACUACGUCCAAGACGGUCACAGUUUCUGGGACUGGAUAUACUUCGUUUUACUCAUAGUGAUCGGUUCUUUCUUCAUGAUAAACCUCUGCCUGGUCGUAAUCGCCACUCAGUUCUCCGAGACGAAGAAACGCGAAAUGGAACGGAUGCGUUUGGAACGCGCUAGGUUCCAAAGUAGCAGCACGCUCGCGUCUUCGACGAACAACAGCGAACCGAACAGCUGCUACGCGGAGAUCGUCAAGUACAUCGCUCACCUAUGGAGACGGAGCAAACGAAGAAUGCUGAAGAAGAUUCGAUUGUACAGGGUGCGAAGGGAUCUCAGACGCGACCGAAAAAUGAUCGCAGGAGAGACGAUAAGACUUAACUAUAGCAGGAGACAUCAUCCGAACUGUCCGCGCGUCAGGCAAAAUGUUAGUUUUCAGAGCAGCGUGCCGAGCACGAGGGCCGUAUCAAGGACCAGUUCGCUGUGCCUAAGCGAACAUGGCGCCACCGUCUCCAGAGACAUUCACCACCAUCACCGGAGUGAAGAUCUCGAGAUGAGCGUAGUCGGAGCGAAGAGACCCGGACUGCUGCGCGUGCCGUCCAUGUCCAAUCAGGACAUCGCGUCGAACAAUAAUGACAGUCCGACAAAUCUGCUAUCGCCCACUUCCAUACCCAACAACCGGCGCAGGUCGUCGGUAAUGUUCAGUGACGUCAUAGUCCUACACGGACGCGGACAGAACGGAUCUCCACCCGCGUCGUCGACAAAUUUGUUAUCCUCGAACAUCGACAAGAAAAACGUGUGCUCGAGUGAGAAAACCACCCAGGCAGGAGACGGCAACAUAUGGCAGAUAACGCCGCCGGCCAAUCCGCAGCAAAUACUCCAAACGCAACAACAGAUCGCACAAGAAUGCAGCGAUCUUGUCAACGGCGAAGCCCUUACGUGCCAAGAACUGUUGGCCCUAGGUGCGAUCAACGCCGCUCUGCCAACCGGUCAAAUAGUCCUCGACACGUUCUUCAACUCCCUCUCCAAGGGUAUCAACAAUCGGCAAAAAAACGCCGAAGAACUCUACACGCAGCAGUUGCCAGAAGACGACUUCACUUGCUGUCAAGAUUUGUGGCACUGCGAGGCCGAAUACAAAAACGAAAAACGAUCGAAGUUCUACGUGGUCACGUGUACCAUCGUCAAAGGGUUUAUCAAAGCGUUGAAGUCGUUCAGGAGGUACAUAAAAGUACUGGUCGGACAUAAGGUGUUCCAGCACGGUAUCCUGCUGGCGAUUCUGAUCAACACGCUUUCGAUGGGUAUCGAGCAUCACCAACAGUCCGAAUGGUUGACGCACUGCGUCGAGGUGACCAACGUGAUAUUCUCUGCGGUGUUCGCCGUUGAAAUGGUCCUCAAAGUAAUCGCCGAAGGUCCGUUCGGGUAUAUAUCGAACGGGUUUAACGUAUUCGACGGGGUAAUAGUGGUUUUGAGCGCGAUAGAGUUGUUUAAAAACUUCACGAGGUCAGACGAGGAGCUGCACACCGACUCCGGAUUGUCGGUGUUGCGCACGUUCCGCCUGUUGAGGAUACUCAAGUUGGUGCGUUUCAUGCCGAAUUUGAGGAGGCAAUUGUUCGUUAUGCUCCGUACGAUGGACAACGUCGCGGUAUUUUUCUCCCUGUUGAUUUUGUUUAUAUUCAUAUUCAGCAUCCUCGGUAUGUACCUCUUUGGCGGUAAGUUUUGCAACUAUGUAGACGAAAAAGGCAUAAUAAGGGACUGCGGAUGUGAGAUGAUCAACGACCCGCGGUGCCAGUGCGACCGGAAGCAUUUUAACAACAUACUGUGGGCCACCGUUACAGUAUUUCAAAUCUUGACCCAAGAAGAUUGGAACAUGGUCCUAUCAAACGGCAUGGACAAAACGUCGCACUGGGCCGCCCUGUAUUUCGUCGCUCUAAUGACCUUCGGUAAUUACGUGCUUUUUAACUUGCUGGUAGCCAUUUUGGUAGAAGGGUUCAGUUCCGAGCGGAACGAGCGAAGAGAGAGGGAACAGAGGGAAUUGGCCAGGCGUAAAAUGUCUUGCAUAUUGGAGGCGAGCCUAAAGGGUAGCAACAACGGGAGUAGCAGAUCGGAGACUAGUUCCACCGACAGUUACUCUCAAGUGAAGAGGAACUCUUGGCGAUCCGCCGAGGAACUGAGGAAAGUGAAAGAGCUGAACAGUCCCAGGACUACACUCGCGCUCAGCCAUUGCGACUGCAUAGACAAAGUGGUGACCAAAGACUGUUGCUUUAUACUGGAGCCGAAGUGCAACAUACAGAAAGAGUCCAUGUUACGGCAGCCGUCGAGACAGGUGCGCGACGUGGCGUUUUUGGCCUCACCCCCUCUCAUCACCCACACCGCAGCCACCCCGCAGGAUUCCCCGAACACGACCCUGGACGACUUCCCCGAAUUCCGAUACAACGUAACGAGUGCUUCCAACGAACCGUACGGCGACGACAGCAGCGUUAUCUGUCCGUCAUCGCCAGAAAGGGCGACGCAGAGCCUGAGCUUGCUGAAACCGCCGUCGCUAAGCCCGCCCCCCUUGUCGUUUCGGCAAUUCGAAAAGCCGCCAGAAACGGCCGCACCGCAGCAGCCGACCGGAAAAAUUGUAAUCCACAACGAAAAAGUGGGGAUGAAGACGAUGACCUUCUCGGAAAAGGUGGUCCAAGUUAAUAAUAAUAGCAAAAAUGAGACGAAUCAGAACCCCGAACGGGAGAAGCUGCAGAGGAAGACGUCGUGGAAGUUGACGGGCAGGCCGAGCUUAAAGAAGAAAAAGGGGCGGUCCUGUUCCGAUUCGGAGGCGGUGCCGCUGAACAACGGGCGAGACCAUUCGCAGUGCAACGGCGGAGGGGUGGCCAGACACGCGAGCCUAAGGAACGACUCGCUGUUGCAGUCGUCGAUACGGAUCAGAAACGACACGCAGCCGAAUAACCGGAAAGGCGUGGCCCCGCGAAACCCUGUUAGAUGUAGAUCAAACACUUGCAGCGCCUCGCAACAAAUCGCACCGGCACCCGCUUUGACCAGGCGCAACUCGCUCUCUAGACCCGCACCGGGUCCCGAUCUGCCGGACAAGAAAAACACCCAGAUCGAACUGAGACCCGUCAACAAUCUAAAAGACAAUUCGUUAACCGAAAGAACUUUGCCACAGAUCAAGCUCGACGACGGUGGACAGACGACGACGACGUCGUCUCCGAGACUGACCGUGCUCAAUCGGAUCGAGGCGCUGCUCGAACCGACCGGAUGUUUGAAAGGUCGAGACGAUUACUCGCUCUAUCUGUUCGCGCCGGAUAAUCGAUUCAGACGUAAAUGCACGUGGCUGGUCGAGCAGAAGUAUUUCGACAACGUCGUGCUGCUUUUCAUCGCGAUGAAUUGCAUCACCCUGGCGAUGGAACGGCCCAACAUUCCGCCCGACAGUCCGGAGAAAUUGUUCCUGCAGAGCUGCAACUAUAUCUUCUCGAUCGUGUUCGCCUUCGAGAUGUUCGUCAAGGUCGUAGCGGCCGGCAUGUGCUACGGUCCCAACGCCUACUUCACUUCCGGCUGGAACAUAAUGGACGGCUCCCUGGUGAUCAUUUCAAUCGUCGACAUAAUCAUGUUCUUGAUCAACGACACCACCUCGCGGAUAUUCGGCAUACUGCGAGUGUUUCGUCUAUUGCGAUCGCUGCGCCCCCUGCGAGUGAUAAAUAGAGCGCCCGGGCUCAAGCUCGUGGUACAAACAUUGCUGUCAUCGCUACGGCCCAUCGGCAACAUCGUGCUCAUCUGCUGCACGUUCUUCAUCAUUUUCGGUAUACUGGGCGUACAAUUAUUCAAGGGCACAUUUUAUCACUGCGUCGGCGAGAAUUUGACCGGCAUAUAUAACGUUACCGACUGUCUCGAUCGCGGCUACCAGUGGAAAAACGAAAAGUACAAUUUCGACGACUUGGUGCAGGCGCUGAUGUCGUUGUUCGUGCUCAGCUCGCGCGACGGCUGGGUGAACAUAAUGUACACCGGUUUGGACGCCGUCGGCGUCGACAGACAGCCGGUCACCAACUAUAACGAGUGGCGUCUCCUCUACUUUAUAUCGUUCAUUCUCUUGGUUGGCUUCUUCGUGCUCAACAUGUUCGUGGGAGUCGUCGUCGAGAACUUUCACAGAUGCCGAGAGGAACAAGAGAAGGAGGAACGUAUCAGAAGAGCGGCCAAACGGGCUCUCCAGCUGGAGAAGCGGCGAAGAAAAAUGAACGAGCCUCCGUACUAUAUAGACUACGCCCCUUGGCGACUGUUCAUCCACAAGAUCGUCACGUCGAAGUAUUUCGACCUCGCCAUAGCGGCCGUGAUCGGUUUCAACGUUAUCACGAUGGCGACCGAGAGCUACAAGAUGCCCAACACGUGGGAGUACGUCCUGCGCAUCUUCAACUACUUCUUCACCGCCGUUUUCAUACUGGAGAGCGUGAUGAAACUGAUCGCCUUAGGUUUCCGCAUGUACAUUAAGGACAAGUGGAACAUCCUCGACGUCGUCAUCGUUAUCCUGUCCGUGGUCGGGAUCAUCAUCGAAGAGAUGAAAGAGAACGAGAUGAAAAUCAUCCCGAUCAAUCCGACGAUCAUCAGGGUGCUGAGGGUGAUGCGUAUCGCGCGCGUGUUGAAACUGCUCAAGAUGGCGAAAGGGAUCCGCGCCCUUUUGGAUACCGUGAUGCAGGCCCUACCGCAGGUGGGCAACUUGGGACUGUUGUUUUUUCUCUUGUUCUUCAUCUUCGCGGCCCUCGGCGUGGAACUUUUCGGUCGGCUAGACUGCAAGAUUACCCCGUGUCAGGGUUUGGGCGAGCACGCGCACUUCGAGAACUUCGGCAUGGCGUUCCUCACGCUGUUCCGCGUAGCCACCGGCGAUAACUGGAACGGUAUCAUGAAAGACACCCUGUACAACGAGAACUGCGACGACAGCGACGACUGCAUCCGCAACUGUUGCAUAUCGCCGAUCAUCGCGCCGAUUUUCUUCGUAAUCUUCGUCCUGAUGGCUCAGUUCGUGCUAGUCAACGUCGUCGUGGCCGUGCUCAUGAAACACCUGGAGGAGUCGCACAAACACCUAGAGGACGAGCAGGACAUGGACAUACAGCUGGAGAGGGAGUUCCAAGAGAAACAGGAGAUGCACGAGCGCCGGGAGCUGUGCCUCGCCCUCCAAAUGGACCAGGAGUGUCAGAUGAAGCACAAGCCGCUGACGAAGGUUCUCUCUCUGCCGUCGAACUUCACUUACAACCCACCCGGUACCAAGAUCAUCCUCGAACGUCAACCGUCGCAGUUCCGACGCCAAACCAUGCACAGCCAUCAACCGAUCGCCCUGUCCACCUUAGACGACAUCAAAAACAUCGACGAGUCCGUGUCGGACAUUUACAGCAUCCAAGAAGUGGUGGCCGUCUACAACGCUCCCGUAGUGGUAGCGGAACCCCAGCGAGACACGGACGAGAUGCAGCUAAAGGUGCCGACCAUCGACGAGCCGAAACGAACCACGACGAACGGAAACAACAGACUCGCGCUGCCCGUCGACAGUAAACCCGUGCACAGGCUGUACGGCAGCACGAAACAUUUGUUUAACAAACAACUGUCGAUGGACGUCACCGAAGAAACACCGUUUUUGCAAGCGUUGCCGGUACCCGUCCCGCGACUUCCCAAACACGACAGUCAGGAGAGCGUCCAGCGCAUCAUCAAGGAACGUCGAAAAUUGGACGAGAAUCUCAAAGAGGUCGACCGGUACGACAUCUUCGACGUAACGCGCGGCAGCCGUGAGGAUUUGGUCGACGGGUAGUUUAGUUUUACAUUUACAUAUCCAAUUUAUUAUUAUUUGAGACGUUAUUCGUCGUAAACUUUUCGAUUUGCGCUUCGCACCGUCAAAAGUUAGGUUAUGGUCUGCGCUCCUAGAGUAUUUCCUACGUCUCACAGCGGGCUGGUUGGUAGAACUAGGUUGACUUUUUUUAGAACUAAAUAUUUUAAUGUUUAACUUUUACUUAAAGCAUACGAUUAUUAAAAACCUUAUAUCCUCUUCAAUUCAGUUAUUUCUUGACUCUUCAAGAUUUGGGUACAGGUAUUGUGCAAAAUAUAAACGAACACAUCAGUUUAUUUUACUAGGGGUGGUAUUUUUAUUAUUUAUUACAUUCUAUUUAUCCCAAAUUGAUACACAUAAUAUUAUAUAUGAUAUUACGUUCCUACAUAAAAACUAAAGUAAAAUGCUUAGAUGAUUUAUUUUAUAUUUUUAUAUUAUUAUCUUCAAAAAAGUCCCGAACCCCACUACACUGAUACAAUAUUAGUUUUUCGAUUUCUAAUAUGAAAGUUGUCUAAUAUUAAGAAUUCCAUUACAUUUUUUUGCAAAAAACUCAAAAAUAUGCCUCCAUUUCAGUUAUUUAUUUAGCGAAAACGCAGAAACCUUAGUUUAAAAAAAAACACUAUUUUAAUAAAUAAAAAAAAUAUAUUGACAAAUUAAUGGAGCUUCGUCAAGCAAAACGAGUUUUCUACUUAGUGUUAGCGUCCUCUAUCGGACGUUUCCUCUUGGCAAAUUUUGUUAAGAAAAAAAUUACCUGGAAACUCUGUGAUUAUUAACUUCUGAGAUAUGGACUCUUACCUCUUUUUGACAGAUACAAGUUCGUUGCCUUUCGACAUUCUUUCGUAUCUUCAAAAAAGUCAGUAGCACACAUUUUCGGGUCAUUAAUAUUCGCCUUCGCGAAACCCACUACACACAUACAAUAUUACUUUUCCAUUUCUAGUGUGAAGAAUUCAGUUGUCUAAUAUUAAGAAUUCCAUUACAUUUUUUUGCAAAAAACUUCAAAAUAUGCCUCCAUUUCAGUUAGUUAUCUAGCAAAACCGCAGAAACCGUAAUUUGGCAAAUAUUAUUGUAAUAAAUAGAAAAAAAACGCUAUAGUAAAAUGUAAUAAAUUGACACAUUAAUCAUCAUCAUCAAAUCAGCAUCUUCACCAAGCAAAACUAGUUUUCUACUUGGUGUUAGCGUCCUCUAUCGGACGUUUUACGCACUCCAAAUAACUUGCAGCGUUUUUCCGCUCGGCAGGUUUUAUUAAGAAGAAAAUUACCUUGAAGCGCUGUGAUUAUUAACUUCUGAGGUAUGCACUCUUUUGACCUCUUUUUGACAGAUACGUUUUUUUUACAACAGAUUCUUUAAAUUGUAUCGAAACCAUCGAAACACCCUUUAGCGCAAAAAAUCGCAGGAAAACAACGCUAAAUUUAUGAUCAGGAAAUAAAAAAAAUCUGCUUUUAUGUUGGUACUUUGGGGUACUCUGUUAGUUUUUUUUCUCCUAAACAAAUUGGACCCUAAUUCUUUGACACUUAUAAAAAAAUCACCAACACUUGCUAAAAUGUAUAAAAUACAAAACAUCCAAAUAAACUUCAAGGCUUUGAAAUAUUAAUAUUUUGACAGUGCUAAAAAAAUUGUUUUUCAAAGUCUUCUAUGUAAAUUUGUUUGACAUGUUUGAAGUUUUAUAAAUGUCACGAUUAACGUAAUUUUCAUAUAUUUAUUUUAGUACAUAUUAUUUUUUUUAAACAAACAUAAGGU